CGCCCCUCCGCCUGCGCCUGCGUCGGCCGGCACCCCGAGCCGGGCCAACCAUGGUGAACCUCGGCUUGUCCCGGGUGGAUGACGCCGUGGCCGCCAAGCACCCGGGACUCCGGGAGUAUGCCGCGUGCCAGUCGCAAGCCUUCAUGGGGGGCGUUUGCGCCUUCAUCACAGGCACCGGCGCGGCCUUCGGCUUGCAGAUGUUCAUUCAGAGGAAGUUUCCAUACCCUUUGCAGUGGAGCCUACUAGUGGCCGUGGUUGCCGGCUCCGUGGCCAGCUACGGAGUAACGAGAGUGGAGACAGAGAAAUGCAGCAACCUCUGGCUCUUCCUGGAGACCGGGCAGCUCCCCAAAGACAUGAGCACAGAUCGGCGAAGCUAGGAGAGCUCCAGCCGGGGCACAGAGGUUGGGAGCAGGAGGAGUCCUGGAACAAGCCUUCAUGCCCCCCCAGCCCCAGGCUGACCCUCCCCACACCCUAGGGUGCCCCAACCAUAUCUUCUGUCCAUGGGCAUGGCCAGGCCUAACAGCCCCUGCAGACAGCUUCUGCCCCCACCUGGGAUGCGCCCAGUAGGCUGGAGCAGAAGGGGCUCUCCCUGGGUGGUGGUGCUCCUCCAGGCUAUCGGGAGGCAUGGUCCGCACUGCCAGUAGAGAUGGUGUGUCUGGGAGCCCCCGCCUAGGGCUGGUGCACGCUGUCAUUCCCUUUCUGGCCCCUUCACCUCCGACAAGUCCAAGGUGACAGCUGGUGCUAGGGUGUGUGGUUAAUAAACGGCUUACCCUCCUCUCCA